AUCACAGACGUCUGCAUCUAAGAAAAAGAAAGAGGAUGCGGUAAGAAAAAUAUUAGAAUUAUAUGAAAGUGUUAUGGGGCAGUCCAUAACAACCGUACAACUGAUGAAGAAAGUCAAUAAUAUGAAGGCACGCUUAAAGAAGAAGACCGAUGUAAGAAAAACCGGUAACAAGCCUGUUAAACUUCUUCCAUGGGAAAAAACCUUGUACGACGCCAUGGAUGGAGACUCAAAUCCAAGUGUGGCGAAAAUAGCAGGAGCAAGAUCAUAUGGCACGUCCUCACCCAAUACAUCCUCUUCUAAUUUGGAUCAAUCCGAAAAAAGAGCUACGACUGCUACUCCUCUGCCAAUGCCUCCACGUCGACAGCGAGCAGCAACUGCACCACCAGGCGAGACACAGGAAACUGGAAAGUUGUCCAACGUAGAGCUGCAACGGUUAGUUUUGCUAGAACAGCUACAGACUGCCCGAGUCCAAAGAGGGUAUUAUGAGAGAAAAUUGCAAAGGGAAGCCGUGCAAAUGGUACACGAAAACGGAAAUACGUAUGCGAACCUAUGAUGGCUGGGUUCUGAGAAGGGGCGGGAAAUUUUUACAGCAGUCAUAAAGGAUGCUUUCUCUGUUUUUUUUCUGGGACAU